CGGCCGCUUCCGCAAGGGCCCUCCGGUGUGUGUGUGCGCGGCCCUUUGAGGGCGCUCUUUCAGGCUUCAGGCUCGGAGGGGUUUGUUUGUGCGGGGGGACAGCCGGAGAGCCGCACGCCGCUGCACCAUGGUUCACCUCACAACCUUUUUCUGCAAAGCCUACCAUGGAGGCCACGUAACCAUACGCCUUGCUUUGGGUGGCUGCACCAACAGGCCUUUUUAUCGCAUUGUGGCUGCUUACAACAAGUGUGCCAGGGAUGGCCGCUUUGUGGAGCAGCUGGGCUCCUACGAUCCACUGCCCAACACUAACGGAGAAAAACUGGUUGCCCUCAACCUGGACCGGAUUCGCCAUUGGAUUGGCUGUGGAGCUCAGCUCUCCAAGCCUAUGGAGAAACUUCUGGGUCUUUCUGGCUUUUACCCCCUGCAUCCGAUGAUAAUCACCAAUGCUGAGAGACUUCGGCGGAAGAGAGCACGGGAAGUCCUCUUAGCGUCUCAGAAAGCAGAAUCAGAGCCCGGAGAAACAGAAUAGAGCUGACUUGAGUGAACACAGCUGAAGGGCCUGCACAACUAUCCAGUAGAGUUUUGUGUUGGGUUUGAGGAUCAAUAAAUGGAGUUUUCCUA